AUUAAAGGUGAUUUCGGAGAUAAAUUCCAAACUAUUUUGCUGGAGAAGGUCCAAUUUGAGCCACCUGCAUCAAAAAGUGUGAAGAAGGUAGAAGUGGAGUCAAAUGUCAAAAAAACUGAGUCAGAGACCAAAAAGGCUAGUAGCUCAGAUGCAGACUCAAAAACAAAGAACAGUAGUGGUGCGAAGAAAGCUGCUGCAGAUAAUCAAACUUCUGCUGAAAAGAAGUUGCCUGAAAAGGUAGAUGAGAGAGAUAAAGAUAUCAGUGUUAGUUUGCUUAAAUUACAGAUUGGCCAUAUUAAAAAAGCAUGGAAACAUCCAUCAGCUGAUAGCUUACUGGUUGAGGAGAUAGAUGUUGGAGAAGCAAAAUGUCGGCAAGUGGUUAGUGGCCUGGCAAAGUUUUGCAGUCCGGAGCAGUUAACUAAUCGCCUUGUGGUGCUCGUGACAAACAUGAAACCAUCGAAACUAAGGGAUGUAGCAUCAGAGGGAAUGGUAUUAUGUGCUUCUAAUGAAGAUCAUACUGUGGUGGAGCCUUUGAUAGCACCAGAAGGUGCCAAAGUUGGGGAAUUCAUCUUAUUUUCUGGGCAUGAAGGGAAACCAGAAGAUGUUCUGAACCCCAAAAAGAAACAAUUUGAAAAGAUUGCCGUGAACCUUUUCACUGAUGAUAAAGGAAUCGCCACAUUCAAAGGAAUCCCAUUCAUGACAUCUGCUGGACCAUGCACGUCUUCAAUUCCCCGAGCAAGCAUCAAGUGAUUGCACUUGUCAGCACAAUAAUAUACUUCAUUGUAGCUUCUCUUCCUUGUACUACCUUUGCUGAAAAUGCAUUGUUUAAUCAUUUGUUGCAUUGUGCAUGAAAUACCGUUCUUUUCUUUUUCUUUUUGGGGCACUUGCACUAUUUUGAGGUGAAUGAGGUUAGCAGAAAGGGGUUUUGGGGGGAAGAAAGGUAAUUUAGUUUUGUUGUAUGUUUUUCUUCUAUAGUUAAAAAAAAGUACUUUAAAAUUAGAAUGGUGCUCAUUACAUAUCUUCAGAAACCUGCAACUAUUAUAAGGUUCUCCUUUC